AGCACAGACUCUGGACCCAGAGGAUCUGAGCUCCAAUCCUGCCUCUGGUACUCGCUAUCUUCGUGGCUUCCACACAGCACAGGUCACUACAUCUCCCUGAACCUCAGUGUCCUCUGUAAGAUGAGCUGGUUUGGCCUACAUGGCUUGACAGCCCCACCAGCGGUAAAUCGAUGACAUCAUGAAGGUGUCUGGAUCCCUGUUCUCAUCUGAAAUUCCCACACGCACGCAAUUGUCAAGUGUUGCUUUAAACUGAUGAGAUCUCAUUUAGAGUCUGUUUGGGGAGAGCAGGUUUUUGUUAAAUGGGUAGAGAUUUUAGUUCUCUGAUGAAAGGAUUAUCUGAAUAAAACUGAUUGAACCUGAGGCCGAGGAGUUUGGAACACUGGAUCAUGACUUGUAUAAAUCUAUAUAAAUCAAUUUCUGUGCCAGGGAAUGAAUAGCCAACUUCAUUCAAAUGCCAAUUCAGCAAUUACAAAGUCUGCUGGCAGUUAAUUAAAAACUACCAUCUCAUUAUAUUCAGAGGUUCAAUGGCUAAAGAAGAAGAUGAAAUUCCCAUUAGCAUGGAGGAUAUUAAAAAUCUGACAGACAGUGAAUUGCAGGAACAGCUUAUGAACCAUGGAUAUAAUUCGGGGACAAUAAUACCUUCCACCAGACGGGUUUAUGAGGAUAAACUGCUACAGUUAUUGACCACUUCAAACCCAUCCACAGAGCGUAAGGUUAAGAAGAAAACUAAAGAGCCACCUCAGCAUCUGGAAGGAGAGGAAGAGGAAGAGGAUGUUGAUGUCGUUUUGGAAAAAAAGAUCAAAAUCUCACCAAGAAAAACUAAACGACCCAAAAAAGAGAAGUCUUCAGUUCAAAAAUCAACAAAACGAAUGAAUUAUGAAAUAGAAGAGAGUAACAAUCUUGUACCUCUUCAUAAAAAGUUAUCUUCAGUUCAUUCUGUGGAUGGUGAUAUUGACAUCUAUUAUCCUGAUCCCAGCACUCACAGAGGAAUAAGGAUUACCAUAAGAAGACCAUUAAAAACUAAAAGAGAGGAUUCACGAACAAUGUUGGAAGAUGUGAAAAUUGUAGAAAAGAAAAUAGGCGUGAUUUCGGUCGCCUUUAUAAUUGCUGUAUUGUUCAUUUUCACCGUGAUACUUUUUGUCUACUUAAUCAUGGAAAAGAAGGUAAUCACAGUUUAGUUCCGUCCAGUAAGACAAGUGUGAAGACAACAACCAGUGGGCUCCUGAGUGAGCAGUGUACCAUUCUCUCUUUCUUCAGUAAAAGGACUCAGAGCAACUUUGGAAUUAGAACACUCAAGUAAAAAGCCAAAUCCAGUGA